GCAUAGUGCUCGGAAGCUGCGACGCUGAGUUUCACUCCGGCUGCGACUCCCGCUUGGAGUGGGAGUCCCAGCCGGAGCUUUACUCAGGCCGGAUCAGAGCUGCAGACCGAGCGCGGCGGUACCCUCAGCCUGUUACCUCGGCCUCCUUGGUCUCGGGUGCGGGUUCCGCUCCGCUCGGCGUCCAGGUGGAGGACUCACCGGGCCAGGGGAUGUACUUUAGAAGAGUUUGCCUCCCAACUCUGCUUCUCUCCUCUCAAAUGGGGUCCGCCUUGCCGGAAGCUGCUAUCGUCUGAGGUCCUGGGUCAUUUGGAGGGGAUUCCUACGCUGCAGUCUGGCCUCUGAAGUCCUGUUAGGCCUUUCUGGGAAAGGCUCCGAUUGUUUUAUGCACCCCCUUGAUUGUUGAGUGGCCUGAGAAAGACUAUCAUACCUUCUGCUCUGCCCAGGGUGUUGGAAAAUAAAUCUGGUAAUUUCCAGUCCCCAGCCACAGCACACAGAUCCAACAUCUGUGCACUCGUUUUCACUCACUGCUUGCUGUUUUUCAAUUUAAAACCUGAUCAUCUUCUCGUUGGCAAAGAUGGGAACUUAAACAAGUUAUUCCUCCCAAGGAUCUGGUGUCUGCAUCGGAAGGGAUGGUUUGUUGCCAGCUUUCUGGAGAGACAAGGUCUACAGGAGGCCUCGGGCGAUGAACCCAAGCCUGCGGUCAAGAGUAGUGUGAAGCCGUCUGGGCAAGCGGAGAGAGUCCUGGGGAAGAUGGCCAUGGCCCCAGUCCCUUCCCUGGCGCAGGUGUACCCUAGCCCUGUGGCAGUGGCUGUGUGGGAAUGGCAGGAUGGGCUGAGCACCUGGCACCCCUAUAGUGCCACUGUGUGCAGCUACAUUGAGCAGCAGUUUGUCCAGCAGAAGGGCCAGCGCUUCGGGCUGGGCAGCCUGGCGCACAGCAUCCCCUUAGGCCAGGCUGACCCCUCGCUGGCCCCAUACAUCAUUGACCUCCCCAGCUGGACCCAGUUCCGCCAGGACACUGGUACCAUGCGGGCUGUGCGUAGACACCUGUUCCCGCAGCAUUCAGCCCCAGGCCAGGGUAUCACCUGGGAGUGGCUGGGCGAUGACGGCUCUUGGACGGCCUAUGAAGCCAGUGUCUGUGACUAUCUGGAGCAGCAGAUGGCCAGGGGCAUCCAGCUUGUGGACUUGGCUCCCCUGGGGUACAACUACACUGUCAACUAUGCCACCCACACGCAAACCAACAAGACUUCCAGCUUUUGCCGGAACGUGCGGCGCCAAGUAGGGCCACCUUACCCAGUGACCACUGUCAUCGCUCCACCAGGCCACUUGGGAGUCGCCUGCUCUUGCCAACAGUGCCUCCAUGGCAGUGGAACUGGCCCUGUGUCAGGCCGCUACCGCCACUCCAUGACCAACCUUCCUGCAUACCCCAUCCCCCAAGCCUCCCACAGGACUGCCGUCGUCUUUGGGGCUCACCAGGCCUUUGCCCCAUACAACAAACCUUCGCUCUCUGGGGCCAGAUCUGCACCGAGGCUCAAUGCCACCAACCCCUGGGGUGGGGCCCCUUCCGCCCUGGGGAGCCAGCCCUUCUUCCGCUCCAGCCUGUCCCACCUGGGACCACAGCUCCUGGUCCCUGGACCGUCCACUUCCGGUGGAGCCAGUGCCUCCCUCCCCAGCGGUCCCUCCAGCAGCCUUGGGAUCGUUCCUGCCACUGUGCCCGUGCAGAUGUCAAAGCCCAGCAAGGUCCAGCAAGCGCUCGCAGGCAUGACGAGUGUGCUGAUGUCAGCCAUUGGACUCCCCGUGUGUCUUAGCCGCGCACCCCAGCCCGCCAGCCCUCCCGCCUCCCGCCUGGCCUCUAAAAGUCACAGCUCAGUUAAGAAACUAAGGAAAAUGUCCGUGAAAGGGGGGGCUCCAAAGCUGGAGCCAGAACAGGUGAUCAGAACCUACACUGAAGAGCUGAAGACACCCCCGGAUGAGGACUGCAUGAUCUGCAUGGAGAAGCUGUCUGUGGUUUCUGGGUACAGUGACGUGACUGACAGCAAGACCCUUGGGCCUGUGGCCGUGGGCCGCCUCGCCAAGUGCAGCCAUGCCUUCCACCUACUGUGCCUGCUGGCCAUGUACUCCAAUGGGACCAAGGACGGCAGUCUGCAGUGUCCCUCCUGCAAAACCAUCUAUGGGGAGAAGACUGGCACCCAGCCCCGGGGGAAGAUGGAGGUGUUCAGGUUCCAGGUGUCACUGCCUGGCCAUGAGGACUGCGGGACGAUACUCAUAGUUUACAGCAUUCCCCACGGCAUCCAGGGCCCUGAGCACCCCAACCCUGGGAAGCCAUUCACCGCCAGAGGGUUCCCCCGCCAGUGCUACCUCCCAGACAACGCCCAGGGCCGCAAGGUCCUAGAGCUCCUGAAGGUGGCCUGGAAGAGACGACUCAUCUUCACCGUCGGGACAUCCAGCACCACGGGGGAGACAGACACAGUGGUGUGGAACGAGAUCCACCACAAGACAGAGAUGGACCGCAAUGUGACGGGCCAUGGCUACCCUGACCCCAACUACCUGCAGAACGUGCUGGCUGAACUGGCCGCGCAGGGAGUGACCGAGAACUGCCUGGAGCAGCAGUGA